AUGCAGCUGCAGCGCUUCAUCCUCACGGCCAUGUCCUUCCCGACUGUUCUGGCUGGUCUGCCAACUUGCCCAUCUAAUGAGCGCUGGACCAGGGGCCUCCGCUGUAGCGAGAGCUGCCGCAACGCGAGCUGCCCGCCUCCUUGCGUGCCAAACUACACACACGGGUGCUUCUGUAUCCAAGGAUAUCUCCGGAACGAGGACACGAAGGAGUGUGUCAAGCAGGAGAGCUGCCCUGUCUAUACUUGUCCAGGCCAUGGUAAUAAUUAA